AUGAAGUUUGGUGAUGAGCUCUUCAACAACGCUAUCCCGGAAUGGCGACCCGCGUACGUCAACUACAAACGACUCAAGAAGCUGCUCAAGGCAAUCCGCACCAAGUUCCCGCGUGUCAUCCCAGACCUCCAUCCCAUGGUGACCACAAACGUCUCACCAGACUUCAAGACGGAGGAAGAGGUGGAGGAGGAGCGGCUGGAGGCCAUCAGCAACAGCAAUGAGGAGAAGGCAUUCCUGCAAGCUGUCGACGCUGAGCUCGACAAAGUCAACAAGUUCUUCCUCGAGCAGGAUGACAAGGCCCGCAAGACGUGUGACGACCUGGAGGCACAACUGGCCGCCCUGUAUGUCGCACACCAGACGGGUGGCGAGCACGCAGUGGCAGCCAUCCGCAGCAAAAACGCAAGACGACGUGCCCGUGCUGCUGUGUUACAGGAAGAGCACGGGUCCUGGCGAGAGGCACUCACGCGAUGGUUUCGACACCCGUCACGCAUCCUGAACAGCCAAACGAAGCAGUUGGAGAAGGCGUUCCAGGAGUACUACCGCAACCUGGACAUGCUGCGUGCAUACCGUAACCUCAACAACACAGCCUUUUACAAGAUCAUGAAGAAGCACGACAAGGUCACGGGUCUCACCAUGUCGCCAACAGUGCUGGCCAAGGUGAGCGCUGCGCCGUUCAUGACAUCGGACCUGGAGAAGGAGAUCAGGCGCAUCGAGCAGGUGUUCACGGAGCGGCUGGAGCACGGCGACCGGCGGCGUGCAAUGCAGAAGCUGCGCGUGCCCGUGGACGCGUUUCAGCCCUUUGACUGGACGACGUUUGGGCUGGGGCUGUGGGCCAUGUUCUUCUUCUUCUGCAUGGGCAUCAUCCUUGUGGUUGCGCUGCGCAGCCGCGUGGCAGACUACCCGGACCACCGCGUCAUGUUUGCCAUGUACCGCGGCCUGCUGUACCCGCUGAUCAUGCUGGCCUUUGUUGCCAUCAACAUGUACACGUGGCGCAAGUUCCACGUGAACUACGUGCUCAUCUUCGGGCUCGACCACCGGCGCCACACCAACUACAUCAAGAUGCUUGGCACGGCGGGCCUGCUGAUGGCUGUGUGGAGCGUGAGCGUGUUCGCGUACCUGUUUCAAGACGAGCUUGGCACUGCAGUGAGUCCGUGGAGUGCGGUCGCCCUACUGUGCGUGCUGGUUGCGUACUGGGCAAAGCCGUGGGGCAGCAUGCGACGUGCACGAUAUUGGCUCGCACGCGUCGUCGGGCGCAUGGCAAUAGCACCACUGCUGGCGGUUCGCUUUGAGGACUUCUGGCUGGCAGAUCAGUUCAACUCCCUCGUUGUUGUUCUGCUGGACCUGGAGUUUAUCAUCUGCGUUGUGACCACGGGCAACUACAACGGCUUGGGCACGCGCUGCCGCAAUUCCCACCGUGCUCUCCGCGCCGUGAUUGCCGCGCUUCCUGCGUGGUGGCGCCUGAUGCAGUGCCUUCGCCGCUUCCGCGACACGCGCAAGUACCAUCACAUCCACAACGCUCUCAAGUACACCUCCUCCAUCGUCGUCGUCACCUUCAGCACCCUGGCGGGUGUCGCCAAGGACAAUGGGCAGCUGGUUGGCGAGUCCCCCACAGGCACAGCGCUUUUCGUCAUGUGGAUCCUCGCAUGCCUCGUCAACACCUGCUAUGCGACAUUCUGGGAUUUAAAACAGGACUGGGGCUUGUUUGCGAAGAACGCCAAGCACAUGUGGCUUCGCCGCGACAUGCUGUACCCGGUGCCCAUCUACUACCUGGCGAUGGUGAACGACGUUGUGUUUCGGCUGUCGUGGACGCUGAGCAUCAGCGUGGGGUACUUUGACCUGUUUUUCAGCGACGGGCUGGUGGCGCUGCUCUCGUUUUUCGAGAUGUGGCGGCGGUUUGUGUGGAACUUCUUCCGCGUUGAGAACGAGCACCUGAACAACUGCGGCGAGUUCCGUGCUGUGCGGCGCAUCCCCAUGCCCUUUGAGUACGCGCCUGCGGAGAGUGGGCAGUAUCUUGUUGACGAGGAGCGUGACGAGGAGGAGGACGAGGACGAGGAAGGCGACCACAACCACGCAGCGGAAAAGCAGACGAGCGGGAACGGCAACGGUCAUGUGAAUGGUGCUGUAAACGGCAAUGGUGGUGGUGAUGGUGAUGGUGAUGGUGAGGACAUCGACUUGCAAGCGGUGAUUGAUCUUGAGCGACAAUCACUGCACGAGAGUGUUGAGGGCAUGCAAGCUGUGGUGCCUUCGAAGUUCCGUGGUAAGCGGCCAAAGAGAAGGAAGUCUCGAUGGCGGGGUGGACCCCGCGAGACGCGCGGGCGGUCGAGUGGUGCGCAAGGGGAGCACGUGAACAGCAACACCACCAGCCACGGUUACAGCGACAACGAGAGCUUCACAGAGAGUGUGUUUGCGAGUGGGACAGCGAGCAAUACGGACGACUACGAGCAGCGCAGCCAGCAGCCCAGACGCAGCCUGCGAGCCUCUGUUUGCACCAACAACAAGGUGCACCCAGCCAAGCUGCACCCAAGUGUUACCACUUCGCCUAGAGACAGCCACCCACAAGACAAGCAAUCGGAUGUGUAG